UUUAAUUCAUCGUCCAUCACACACCCCCUUUUUCUAAAGGGCAGCAUCAACAGCAAGUGAAGUUGAUCACAAAAAUGGCUUCAAAACUCUUCUUCGUAUAAAUAUUAAUAUUAAUAAUCCAAAAAUCCUACCGAAUUUCUGUCUUCUCAAACCAACCAACCUAAAAUCAUGGCGGACUCUUCAGGAACCACUUUAAUGGAUCUGAUAACGGCCGACCCGUCCACAGCGUCGGCAACGGUGACGGCGUCGUCGGGAUCGACGGCGCCGUCUACGGCUGCUCCGCUAUCAGUGUCGAGCGGUGGCGGAGGGAUUCCGACGAAGACGACAUUGGGAGAGAGGAAGUCAAAGAGAGCGGCGUUGAUGCAGAUCCAGAGCGAUACCGUUUCCGCGGCCAAGGCCGUUUUGCAUCCGGUUCGUGCCAACAUCAAUAUCAUGCCGCAGAAGCAAAAGCAGAAGAAAAAGCCGGUUUCGUAUGCGCAACUUGCCAGGAGUAUUCAUGAACUAGCUGCUACUUCGGAUCAGAAAAGUUCACAGAAACAAUUAGUUCUCCAUGUCUUUCCGAAGCUUGCUGUGUAUAAUUCUGUUGACCCUUCAUUAGCGCCAUCGCUUCUCAUGCUUGAUCAACAAUGUGAAGAUAGGAGUGUACUACGCUAUGUCUAUUAUUACUUGGCCAGAAUUUUAUCCGAUACUGGGGCGCAAGGCUUAAGUCCAGGUGGUGGGAUCCCCACUCCAAACUGGGACGCCCUUGCUGACAUAGAUGCUGGUGGAGGGGUGACCAGAGCCGAUGUGGUUCCGAGAAUUGUUAACCAGCUUACAACAGAAGCUUCAAAUCCUGAUGUUGAAUUUCAUGCACGGAGACUGCAAGCUUUGAAGGCUCUUACUUAUGCUCCUUCUAGCAACACUGAAAUUCUGUCCAAAUUGUAUGAAAUUGUCUUCAGCAUUCUCGAUAAGGUUGCUGAUGUCCCCCAAAAACGUAAGAAGGGCAUGUUUGGGACUAAAGGUGGUGAUAAAGAGGUAGAAAUAGAACUGAUGAUGAUGAUGAUGAUUUAUACAGAGCCGUCUCCCCUUCUUCAAUUUUUCACUUUUUCAUCUGGUUUGCCGUUUGCUACUACCAUUCACGAUCUCCUCCACUCUCUAGUCGAGUCCUCCUCUUCGUGUCCUCCAUUCGUGAUCUCAGAAGUCAGAUCUCCUUCAAGCUUUCAGCUAAACUUCAGCGAUUCAGCCUCACGUCUUCACUCUUCAGUCUUCAAGUCUUUGGUCUGCAGUCUGCUCUACUCUGCUUCAGCGCUUCAUUCUUCAACUUCUAGUCUUCCAGUCUUCAACGUGAACUCUUCAAUCAUCACCAUCGCCAUUGCUGAUCUGCCGGAUAAGUCAUUUUAG